CGUGCAUGCGGCCAUGGAGCUGCCGUCGAUAACGAGCCACAAGAAGAUGAGCAUGAACGCGAUACCUCUCCAAUUGGAGCCCCUCGGGUACACGCCAAAGCAAGGCGCGGGCGCCGUCGACCUCCUGCAGCAGUUUGACCCGCAGCUCUCGCCACCCAAAUGCAAGCUCGAGAAGCUCUCGGCGCCAUCGCCAGUCAAGGACAAGGAGCCCGAUACGAUGGUGUGUCGAAAGCAGCAGCUGCAAGCGAUUGCACCGAGCUGCGCGAAUCUCGGAAGUUGAUUCCACACUCGCACCACGUCGACGGAAGCGACGAAAGCUCGCAGCCCAAAGACGCGCUGCGAACGAACAUACCGCAUUUGCCCCAUGACUAGAGAAGAGCUCGAGUAUUCGUUGUAU